AUGCGUAUGAAGAUUGCUGUCAAGGUGAACAAAGUGUGGGAAGCUAUCAACCCGGGAAGCAAGGCUGAGGACAAGAAUAACAUGGCUAUUGCCUUGAUGUUCCAAUCCAUCCAUGAGGCGUUGACACUUCAGGUUGGAGAUCUCGACACAGCGAAAGCUGUGUGGGAGGCAAUUAAGGCGAGACAUGUCGGCGCAGAGAGAGUGCGAGAAGCAAGGCUCCAAAUGUUGAUGGUGGAAUUUGACAGACUCAAGAUGAAGGAGAAAGAUACAAUCGAUAUCUUUGUUGGCAAGUUAUCCGAGAUAUCUUCAAAGUAUGCGUCUCUGGGAGAAACCAUCGAAGAAUCAAAGCUUGUGAAGAAAUUUUUAAAUAGCUUGCCAAGAAGAAAGUACAUACACAUUGUUGCUUCUCUUGAACAAGUUCCUUAUCUGAAUACGACAAGUUUCGAGGACAUUGUUGGUCGGUUGAAAGCAUACAAAGAAAGGGUUUGUGAAGAAGAAGAAGAAGAGAAUCAGCAAGAUGACCAAGGAAAAUUAAUGUAUGCUAACGCGGAAUCACAGCAAGGUAGCUACAAUAGCUACGGCGGUCGCGGUACAAGAGGACGCGGAGGUCGAGGUCGUGGAAACUUUCAUACACAACGAGAUGCUUACAGACAGAGCAACGGACAUAACCAUGGGCAAGAGAGAGAUAUAUCUCAUAUAACCUGUUUUAGCCGCGAUAAGCGUGGACACUAUGCAACUGAUUGUCCCGAUAAGUUACUUAAACUACAAGAAACUGCUGAAAACAAGACUGAUGAUACGGAGGAAGCCAACAAACUGAUGAUGCAUGAAGUUGUUUAUCUUAAUGAAAAGAAGGUGAAUCCAAUCGUCUUUGAAACUGAACUUGAUAUGAAGAACAUAUGGUACCUUGACAAUGGAGCAAGCAACCACAUGAGUGGGAACCGAGUAUUUUUCGUGAACCUUGAUGAGACAAUCACGGGAAAGGUAAGAUUUGGAGAUGAUUCUCGAAUCGAUAUACUAGGAAAAUGA